CUGCUAAUUUCGAAAAAUGCAAACGUGAUGAAAAUUUCGAUAAAUGCCUUGUUGAUGCUGUGAACGGUGCGAUUCUGCUGCUCAAGGAUGGCAACAAAGAGUUCGGUAUACCACCGCUCGAGCCACUCACUGUGAAGUCGUUGGUAAUCGAUUCUGGUAAUGCGCCUAUUACGCUGAAACAGACCUUGAAAAACUUACUCGUACACGACAUGAUCUCCACCAGCAAAGUGCAGCGCUAUCGCACCGAUCUGAACAAUCACCUAAUUGUUUGUGACAGUAAAACCGAUCGCAUUGAAAUGGUUGGCGAUUAUGAGAUGUCCGGCCGCAUAUUGCUGCUACCCAUAACUGGUAAUGGCAAAGCCAAUAUGACGCUGAUUAACACCCACAUCGAACAUCGGCUCAUCGGCGAACCUUUCAUGCGCGAUGGCGUCAAAUAUAUGCGACUCAAGGAGUAUCGCGUCGAUCUGAAUCCCAAGCGUGUCUAUAUGCAAUUCGAUAAUCUCUUCAACGAUCGUUUGUUAUCGCAGACAAUGAAUCGAUUCUUGAACGACAACUGGGAGACGGUUUUCAAUGAGCUGAAGAUUGGCUAUGCGCGUAGCUUUGGUCAAAUUUUCCGUGAUAUUUCGAAUAAGCUGUUUGAGGAGAUACCAUUCGAUUCGAUAUUUCUGAGUUCUUGAAAUGCGCAGUGCGUAAAAGAGGGGACUACAUGAAUGAUUGCAGCUGGAGGAGUGGUCAAAGCUUGAGUAUUUUCUUUUAGUAUUUAAUAAAAAUUGUUAAGGUUUAUUAUUUAGUGAUGUGUAUGUAGGACUAUAUGUAUAUUAGGGUGCUUUUCUUCGAGACAAUUUUUUUUUCAUUCCCACCUAGACAUUGUGGGAAAUACCUAUAAAAAGUCCUUUUUCUUCUACAGCUCAGAGGUAUUUUUUUAUGGUAUAAUUUUGGUCAAGGAUAGAGUUUCUUCAGAAUUGAAUGCUCUACAAAAGUCUCCAUUGCGGCGUAAUUCUAACCCGCGCGGGCGAGGUAGUACGUACGGGUCCUAAACCCAAUUUUUUUGGUGAAAUUCUCGUUUUUUUUUUGCCCCUAUCUGAUAAAUAACAAGAGCUACAGAAAAAAUGUAAAUAAGAAAGUGGUAGGAAAUUCAAUUUCGACAUUCCUUGAGAUAUUGGGAGCGAAAAAAAUUGUCGCGAAAAAAUCACCCUAAUGUACCUAUAUGUAUGUGAGUUGAUUGAGUUAUUCUGGAAUUUAUUAUUUUUUAGUUUUGUAAAUAUGUAUGUAUUUGUAAGUUGAUUAACUUAGAAAUUGAAUUGGUAAGACAUUUAAAAAUAAAUUAAUAAAAAAUAAAAUAUUUAGUACUAUGUAUGCA